AUGGCGGACAAUCAAGAGCGCACUCAUGAGGAACAUCCCGCUGUCGAGGAGAAAGUCAACACCAUGGCUCACCGACCACGCCCUCCACCAACUCGACGUGCAUUCGCCGCUCCGCCAGGGAACUCGCGUCGCAACCAGCAUGAGGGCGCGGGAAGCAGUGCAUACCCCGUAGGUGAUAUCGGCUCACAAGGGGAAGAGGAUGAGAGUUGGCUAGGUGCUGCUUCUGAUGUAUUUGAGCCUCUCCCAAGUUCCCCAAAUGGCAGCCAUGUUCUGCAGACAGAUGGUGAUGUGGAGGACCUCCUGACUCCCGAAAACUUUGCAAAGUAUAAACGGUACAGGAGGAGGGAGAGGAGGGCGAGGAGGGGGUGA